UUGUAGCCCUGGUGCGAUGGCUAUAUUUUGAGAGUGAGUGUGUGAAUGCGUAUUAUCAUCAUGCAGCUUGAACGUCUCAAACUUUGCUUUCACUGACUCAGUAGACUCCAACAUUAACAAAAACUGAAAAAUUCUCCACAAAGAAUUUGUUAAAUACAUAUACAGUCAAAAUUAUAGUAAACAUAAAACCAAAGCAUUUAGUUUUGUUGUCGUUAAGCCUUACAAAAAAAUAACAAAACGUGCGAGAGCAAACAGAAAUUCAACGAUAAAAACGUGCGACCGAAGGGAAAAAACGGAACACAGAGAAAAAAAAACAAAGCAAACAAAUCUUGUUGUCUAUAAUUAGCGGGUGCAGAGGAGAAUUCGUACUGCGGAUCAGCGUAUUAUUACAUAUGCAUAUGUAAGCAGCGAAUUUGGCUCAUUGAAUGGCUGACGCUGGCUUCCAAUUUGUUUACUGUUGUUUUUACCUUUGUUGUUGUUGGCGUUGCUGUUGUUGCUGUUGAGAAAUUUGGCUGCGAACAGCUAAAGGGUCAAAGCUUUAACAACGACUCGCAACGGCAGCUGGUUGAAGGACAGGCGGCGACUGCCACGCAAUAACAGCCGCAGCGCCCGCGCCAAACAAAAGCCGCGACGUCCACGGAAGCGUGUGCCACCUGUACGCAGGCAAUUACACAUACAACAGUUGCAGUUAGUGGCCUUUGCGAUGGCUGUCAAGCAGAAUCAACAGGACCAGCAGGAGCAAGAAGGGAGCGCAGCAGCAGUGGCAGCGGCAGCGGCAGUAGCAGCAGCAGCAGCAGCGGCGGCGGCGGCGUCGGCAGCGGCGACGGCGAAUUCAGCUGCAGGCAAUGGAAAAGCGAAUUCAACAGAUGAAGGAGGAGGUGGUGGCGGUGGCGGUGGUGGUGGCGGAGGAGGAGGAGGAGGUGGAGGUGGUGUUGGAGGAGUAGGCGUGGCCAAUGAACUGAACGAUGCUGGCAGCAAGACAGAAACCACCGGAGGAGCAGGCAACAAUUCGUGCUCCUCCGAAAGACAACUGCACGACAUAAACGGCUUGCUCAACAGAAUGCAAGCGAUCAACCCAGAAGAUCAACAGGCAACACUCGUCAUCUACCAACAUGUCAUCUACAAUCUGGCACGCAUGCAAAUGAGCAAGCAGCCGGAGGAUCUCAAACGGUUCAAAGAGGAGAUCACCAAAGUGGGACACUUUCUGGCAUUGCCCAAAAAGAAACGCUUUUUGAUGUUCUAUUUGCGCAUUGUCUAUCAACUAAUGACGCAAGCCGCCUACGAGCCGCCCUCCUGUGCCGUUGCCAUUGUCUUUCAGCUGUUUAGCCCGGAGCUGAUUAUCGAGGCGGUGCAAUCGCUGCUGGAUCUGAAUGUCCAGGAUGAUAGCAUACGUAAAACGGUCGGUUUGCUCUGCAAAUGGAUCAGUGCUUGUAAUUUUUGCCAAAAUCUGAAUUUAUGGAUUAUGGCCCUGCUGCAGGGCCUGCGAGAGCAGGAGAAAUAUUUGCUGUUGGACGAGAUUGCCUUGGAUAACAUCGAGAAGCUGUUCUUCCUGAUGGUCUUUCCGGCACUGCGGCCCAAGGUGGCGCCCAUAGUCUUUCAUAUGUUGUCAACGAUCAAUCAAGCGCCAGAGAUCUUCUAUAAGAUUCUUCCCAAGAUACCCAUGGUCAUCAACUACAUGAAGGGCCAGGAUGGCAUGCCCACUGAUUCACGAAGCUAUAUACAAAAGCUGGUUGAUCUUACGAAUGCGCUGAUGAUGCGUUUCUAUGACAACGACGAGCUCUAUGCGCCUGUCAAAGCCGCUCUACAGCUCUACGAGCCUUCCCCGAAUUGUGUGGCCUUAGCCAGGGCGCUGUUCGAGAAUGCUUUGCCUCGGAAUGCGCGCGUCGGACUUGUUAAUCUAGGCAAUACUUGUUAUAUGAACAGCGUGCUGCAGGCGCUGGCCAUGACCAGCGACUUCGUGCGGCAAAUCCUGCUGAUUGAGAACGACUCGUUGAUAUUGCUUAGGGUGCAGCAGCAGUUGGCUUUGAUGCAUCAUUCGCUGCGCUACGAACUGACGCCGAGUCGUGUCUUGAAAGCUACUCGACCGCCCGGCUUUACGCCCGGACUCCAGCAGGACAGCUCCGAGUUCCUAGGCUAUUUACUCGAUCUACUCCAUGAGCAUGAGAUCAAUAGCGGCGCCGCUCAGCAUAUGGACACAGAUCUGGGCAAAGAGACGCAGGAAACGGAAUCGACGUUAACGGCGGAAAUUGUAGCCGCUGGCGUUAUACCCUACAAUAGCAAUGAUCAUGUACAUAAUCAGAGGUCAAGUCCAGCGAUUAUGCAGCAGGCCACGCCCACUUCGUUGCCCACCCAACCGAAGAAGCCGUCGACAAUUGACAAGACCUUUGCUGGCAAAUUGUCAACGACCUACAAAUGCUUGAAUUGCUCGUGGGAGAGCCGCAACGAGGACAGUUUCCGUGAGCUGCAGCUAUCCUUUCCGGACGACAAGGACGAUUGUGGCGCCACCAAUUAUUCCGUACAGGAUCUGAUCGACUACUACUGCUCGCCGGAGAAACUCGAUGGCGACAAUCAAUACUUUUGUCCACGCUGCAAGAAACUCUGCGAUGCCGAGCGGCGCAUUGGCAUCACGCAGGCCCCGCGGAAUCUCAUCUUAACGCUCAAACAAUUCAAAUACGAUCAGAAAUAUCAUUUUCGCACAAAGCUCAUGCACAAGGUGUUCCACGACGAGAGCGUAAUUGUAAAAGUUUGCGCCACAGACUCCCUCCAGGAGACGUGCACCGUGCACUAUGAUCUCUACGCAGGUGUCGUCCAUGCCGGCUACAGCAUGGACUCCGGACACUAUUUCACCUUUGCCGCCGAUCAAUCGAAGAAUUGGUUCAAAUUCAACGAUAGCCUCGUGACCAACUCGAAGCCGCAAGAGAUGCACAGCCUCACCUCACCGAACACACCCUACAUCCUGUUCUAUCAGAUGUGCGGCCGAUCCACAGAGGCGACACCGGACGGACCAAUGCAUCCGAUGGUCCCCGUGCCACUCGUGCCGCCCCUAACACUCGACGAACUGCCCCGAACUCUCCGAGACUAUGUGAAGCAAGAUAAUCGCGACUACAGCGAGGAGCUCAAGCAGCAGCGGUUCAAGCGGAAUGCCAAAAGGCAAAAUGUGACCGGCAAUGGAACGAUGCAACGCAAUGGCUAUGAUGGAGACGACGAAGACGAUCAGAUGCCGCCGCCAACCGGCGGCUGUGGCGGCAAUGAUUUGGGCAUGAAUUUCAAUCGCUUCGUCUACUGAUUGUGAAAUACACACACACACACACACGCACGCGCCUGCGUAAAUAUAUGUAUGUGUAUAUAUGUAUGUCAC